AUGAUUGGCAACGUCUCCCUAUCCAACGACGGAGGUAUAAACUACUCCUCUGACCACAACAGUCUCUUGGAGAACGACUCCUCCCGCUCCUCUCCCUACGAAGUCCCUGAGAUCGAGGCCUGCCUUUACUAUUUCGGUCUCCGGGGCCCCAGGCAUCGCGGUCCCAAGCUGAUCUUUCGGACGUCCAAGGAUGCCUUCCCAGCGCCCUCGGGGCCAGAGCAACAUCCUCGUCACAUGAGGCUUCGGCCAGUCUAUGACCACCACAUACUUAGCAAGGGCGAUCUGUGGCCCACGAUUCGUUCCGAGGUUGUCAGACUUCUCGACCGGCGAAACAUCCAGCUCUCAUCUGUCGACCUUGUUCGUUUCAGCUGGGACGACGAAAAUGACGGGGGCGACGGGUACGACUCCGACAUCGGGUUUUUGCCAUCCAGGACAGUGGUUACCACACCCGUCACGAUUUGGGUGGGAGUCUUGCCCGAUACUCUUACCGGCGAGGUGGCAUUCAAAUCUUCCAACGACAUCCUCGAUCUCCUCAAGGAGCAUGGCAUUUUCGAUGUCGAUGUUGCGUACCGUGAGUCAGUGGCUAAGGGUUCCAGUGGUCCUGAACUGUUCGCACCCGUCUGGGAUUUCGAUCCCCUCAAGGCCGUCAUCGAUCCCGUGACUACGUCACUUAGCCUGCCUAUUGCUGGCUUCGAGACGCUCUAUAGCCAGGGAAAAUUGGGUUUCUACUUCAGAGUGGGUCACAAUCUGUACGCCGUCACGGCCCGCCACGUCCUGUUCCCUGAAAACGAAGGUAAUAAUGCAUACUCCUACGUCGCCGGGCCCAAGAAGGAGGUCGUCCUCAUGGGCAGCAAAGAUUUUAACGACUUCCUCGCGUCUAUCCAGGACCAUUUCGACAUCAUGCACCACACGGUUGGUAUCUUGGAGCGGCGCGCUACUACGUUAACUGCUAGGGCGGAGGGCGAUGGCCCUACCGCCAAGCAGGCGGCAAGGGAGCUGGAGGUGACUCGACGCCAGCUGCCCAAGACACGAGAGGCGAUUGAGGCGCUCAAGAAUUUCUUUGUGAAGAUGAAGACGGAGUGGACGAGCCCGAAGGACCGGAUCAUUGGACACGUCGUCUGGGCACCUCCCGUCAGUGUCCAUCCCGCCCCUCACAGUUAUACGAUGGAUGUUUGCGUCAUCGAGCUCGACAAGAAGAAGUUCUUGAAAAACUUCAGAGGCAACGUGCUCGACUUAGGCCCUGAGAUCCAACCCGGCAAGUUUAUGAGCUUGAUGUACCCUCCCGUCGAUUCGCCGUCCGACUUCGAUUAUCCAGUCGAUCGUCUCCUCAAGCUCCGAGGCAUUCUCUCCGCAGAAGAGAUACGCACGCCGAAUAACAAAGACCACAAAGGCGACCCCAUGCGAUACGUUAUAAAACGCGGUCUCACCACGCUCACCACGAUUGGCUGUUUGAAUGGAUUUGAGUCUCAUGUUCGCCGCUACUUUGCCCUAGGCAGCCGCGAUUCGGUAGAAACAGCAGUCUACCCCUAUGAUACCAUCUCCGGUCCGUUCUCUAGGGGCGGGGACUCUGGGUCCAUCAUCGUCGACGCCCUUGGCAAGUUCGUCGCCCUCCUCACCGGUGGCACGGGACCAACCGAUUCCUCCGAAAUCACGUUUGGGACGCCAAUGCACUGGCUCUGGGACAUCAUCAAGACUCAGUUCCCCGGUGCCGACCUCUAUUUCGAUGCCGACGACAACUAG